AUGGAAGAAUUAAUGGAAUUUAAUGAGUUUAUUGAUUUUGUUCAAUACUUAGAAGAACCUACACCAAGAAGAUAUUUAAGGGAUUUUGAAAAUCCAUUAGAAUUUUUUUCGGAUUUGGAAUUCUAUAAGAGAUACAGGUUUUCCAAAAAAACAGUAGUAGAUAUUUUGUUGGACCUGAUUUCAAAUAUAAGUCAUUCAAUUAAUCGAGGUUUACCAAUUCAUCCGAUCCUUCAGCUUCUAACUGCUUUAGGAUUUUAUGCAUCAUCAAAUUUUCAAAUAGUUAGUGGUGAUAUCAGAGGAAUUAGUCAAGCAACAGUAUCUCAUAUAAUUAAAAGAGUUUCAAAAAGUUUAGCAAGCCAAUGUAAACAUUAUGUUAAGUUUCCAAAUACAGCUGAAGAAUGGAGUUUAAUACAAGAGCAGUUUUAUAAAAUGUAUAAAAUGACAGGCAUUAGCGGAUGUAUAGACUGCACUCAUAUCAAAAUUCAAAAUCCUGGUGGUCCAGAUGGUGAAGUUUUUAGAAACCGCAAAGGAUAUUUUUCUUUAAACGUUCAAAAAUACCACGACCCAGAAGAUCUAAUCUUUACUUGCAAAGCCGUAAUUAGGCUUCUUAACAUUGUGAUUCAAUCCACUGAAAAAGGAGAAAUACACGAGAAAUCGCACGAGUAUGGCCUGACUUAUUGGUUUGUCAGGUUAGGAAUGCCAGUGCUAGAUCGUGAAACGAGAGACUCAUUUAAUCGAGAAUUGGAGCGUGAACGUGAAUAUGAUCGCCACGAAUUAGACCAAUCAGUUCAAAGGAAUGUUCCCCUGUUAAAUCACGAAUAG